AAUUCCGUGCCGGCGGCGCCGGCCAGUGACGUGCGGCCGGCGAGGCUGUUGCUAGGCAGGUUUGGGCCGGGGAGGCGGCUGGGCCCGGCUGAGGCGGCGGCGGCGGCGAGCGGGCCGAGCGGAGCCGGGAUGCCCUACAAGCUGAAGAAGGAGAAGGAGCCUCCAAAGUCUGCUAAAAGCACCACAAAGCCCAGCAGCAGCAGUGGUGGUGGGAAGGAUGGCGGGGCAGAGAAUUCAGAGGAGGUCCAGCAGCAGCAGCCGCCACCACCGACUUCAAAUAAGCGCCCCAGUAACAGCACCCCACCACCAACGCAGCUGAAUAAGAUCAAGUAUUCUGGAGGACCCCAGAUUGUAAAGAAGGAGCGACGGCACAGCUCCUCCCGCUUCAACCUGAGCAAAAACAGGGAACUGCAAAAGCUCCCUGCACUCAAAGAUGCUCCUGCUCAUGAACGAGAAGAGCUCUUCAUACAGAAGCUGCGACAAUGCUGUGUUCUCUUUGACUUCAUCUCCGACCCGCUCAGUGACUUGAAGUUCAAGGAGGUGAAGCGAGCUGGUCUCAAUGAGAUGGUGGAGUACAUCACGCACAACCGGGAUGUCGUCACCGAGGCCAUCUACCCUGAAGCUGUCAUCAUGUUUUCAGUGAACCUCUUCCGGACCCUCCCCCCCUCGUCCAAUCCAACAGGAGCAGAGUUUGACCCCGAGGAGGAUGAACCCACACUAGAAGCUGCCUGGCCACAUCUCCAGCUGGUGUACGAAUUCUUCCUGCGGUUUCUGGAGUCGCCCGACUUUCAGCCCAAUAUAGCCAAGAAAUACAUUGACCAGAAGUUUGUAUUGUCACUGCUGGAUUUGUUCGACAGUGAAGAUCCCAGAGAGCGAGACUUCCUGAAGACCAUCUUACACCGAAUUUACGGGAAGUUCCUGGGCCUGCGAGCGUAUGUGAGGCGGCAGAUCAACAACAUAUUUUACAGGUUUAUCUAUGAAACAGAGCAUCACAAUGGGAUUGCAGAGCUGCUGGAGAUCUUGGGCAGUAUAAUCAAUGGGUUCGCUUUGCCUCUGAAGGAAGAGCACAAGAUGUUCCUCAUUCGGGUCUUGCUACCUUUGCACAAGGUGAAAUCGCUGAGUGUCUACCACCCACAGUUGGCAUACUGUGUUGUGCAGUUCUUGGAGAAAGACAGCAGCCUGACAGAACCGGUGAUUGUGGGCUUGCUGAAGUUUUGGCCGAAAACGCACAGUCCCAAGGAGGUGAUGUUUCUGAACGAGCUGGAGGAAAUACUGGAUGUGAUCGAGCCCUCCGAGUUUGUGAAGGUCAUGGAGCCCCUGUUCAGGCAGCUGGCCAAGUGUGUGUCCAGCCCACACUUCCAGGUGGCAGAGCGAGCUCUGUACUACUGGAACAAUGAGUACAUCAUGAGCCUGAUCAGCGACAACGCAGCCAAAAUUCUCCCGAUCAUGUUCCCGGCACUCUACAAGAAUUCCAAGAGUCACUGGAACAAGACGAUCCAUGGCUUGAUCUACAAUGCCCUGAAGCUGUUCAUGGAGAUGAACCAGAAGCUGUUCGAUGACUGCACGCAGCAAUACAAGGCAGAGAAGCAGAAAGGGAGGUUCAGGCUGAGGGAGCGAGAAGAGAUGUGGCACAAGGUUGAGGAGCUGGCCCGGCAGAACCCCCAGUACCCCAUGUAUUACGCGCCCCCACCUUUGCCUCCUGUUUACUGCAUGGAGACAGAGACCCCAACUGCCGAGGACAUUCAGCUACUGAAGAAAACAGUGGAAACAGAGGCUGUGCAGAUGCUGAAAGACAUCAAGAAGGAGAAGGUUUUGCUGCGUCGGAAAUCUGAGCUUCCUCAGGAUGUCUACACUAUAAAAGCCCUGGAGGCCCACAAGAGAGCAGAAGAAUUCCUCACCUCAAGCCAAGAGGCGCUCUGACGGGUUAGGGAGCUGCCCUGGGAGGCCUGGCCCCCAUUCCCUCCCCACCAGGGGUACCCAGAAAUGCACUUGGUUCUAAUGUAUAACUAGGGAAUGAACAUGGUGAGCUGUGCCUGUCCACGCCAUUCUCAUUCUUUCAGGGUAGAUUUGGUUUUACAUUGUACCUCGUAUCUCAUUGCAUUGUCACAUCCUCCUGCUUUUUUCUUUAACGCUGUUUUGUGUGUGCGUUUGCAAAGGGAGCCCAACCAGUCCAUUUCUGCAUCAUUCCAGGCAGGAUUCAUUCCAUUCCCUGCUGCUUACUGACGCAGGACCAAAGCCUCCCGAAUGUUCAGUGUCUGGAUGGGAUUUCUCAGCCAGAGACUACAUCACAUGGUUCUGCACACAGCCCAAGGCCCUGUGCAUGGACCAUCCUCCACACCCACACCCUGCUCCAUCUGUGCAUCAGAGAACUGUAGCCAUAACAGCGGAGAGAGGCUCAGCUGGUUGAAUCAAGUCCAUCCACAGGGCAGGUUUGUUCACUACAGUGAAUUCUCAAGGGUCUUUUCCAGUCGAAUUGUAACUGUUCUUGAUGGGAGGUGAUUCCACUGGUUAAUAAUCUGGCUUGGCAGGAAAACAGAUAUUUACCUUAUCUUUUUCUUUACUUAAUUGAAUCUCCCCAGUCUAUUCUCUCCUCCUCUCCCCUCCCCCCCCCCAUAAGGUGGGCUAAUCCUUUGCUGGGUGAAGUGCUCUGCAGUCUCUGAAUGUAAGCCCAUUAUUACUUGUAUUCCUUUGUACCACCCUCAACUAAUUACCCUCUCCCUUCUUCGUUUAGCAUGAUUCCCCCCCCACCCACCCCUGAAAGGUUUUUAUUGGCCAAGCUCUAAUGAGGAAAGAUUGUCACUUCCUCCAACCAUUGUUGCUCCUGUCUUGAGUUCCCUCAAACUUGUCACUGUAUUUCCAGUAAUGAAGUGCCCGAAUUCAACAUGCUAUUUCAGGGGCACGUGACCAAUGUGUCCCUGCUCUGUGAUGUGUCUGCAUACUCAACCCGAAGUUGUGCUAGCCGUGGUUUGUUGCCAUAUCACGGGGGCAUCUGCUGCUCCAUCGCUACACCCGCUGUCGUGUCCAGGAAGCUUGUGCGGAUAGCCUCACUCCUGUAAGCCACUGGCAGUAAAGUGAUAGGCGUGUCUUGGUCCACUUUAAGUUUGGGAGCAUUCUGUUGCCUCUGCAUUUUGGAAUCUGUAGCUGCUGCAGGCGUUGAGUGAGGCUCGCCUUACGCUGGCCAUGUAGGAGGCUAGUUCUCUUGUCUGUUGUGCAGCUGUUAGUUCUCUUGUAGCAUAGAAGGGAUAGUUAUACUACUUCAUCAUUAGGAAUGUAUUUGUCAGUAGCCCAGGGCCUUCAUCCUGGCAGGUAAUCUGUGGGUGCUAUUGGCCGGGGUGCUGCAGUGUUUUGGUGGUUCUCUCCUGAACACUCUAUUUUGUAUCACAGCUCUCCCAGUUGUCACCCUGGGGAGACUAGUUUUUAAAGGGCAUGAGUGGGUUCGCUAUUCUAUGCUACCUUUAAACAAAUACUGGCCUCACUCAUAACACAGAUUGACAGCACUGACCAACCCACUCAAGCCCUAACUGCAUUUCCAAAUCAUGGAAAAUUACAAAAGGAAAAGCCCUAGAGUAUCAGGUCUGCUCUUCAUAUCUAAGGGUAUUCCCUGCUCCAUCUCUGUGUUGUCUGUCUGUCGGGGUUUCCUCUUGGGAGACAGUGCUCUAGCCUCAUACUUCUCACUCCUGACCUUCAGCCUGUUUUCUCUUCCUUAACUUCACCCCCUAGCCCCUACUUUUAAUUCUGACCCCUAACUCAUGUUAAAUUCCUCUCCUUGUUUAGACCCUUCACAGAUAUCUCCUUUCCCCUGCCCAUCCCUUCCCCCUCCCCCUGUUUACCUUUUUCCUAAGUCAUUCCUUCUACACCCUGGCUCAUUCAUGUUCUUUUGAAUUCCCUCAUGCUAGAUGUGCCUGUCUCCCCCAGCAGAGGUGGGGGGGGAUGGUAAUUUAAAUAGUAGGUUCUUUAAUCCUUUGGAGAUCUUUCUCUCUUCCCUCCCAGCCCUAAACAGAAUGGCCUCUCUAUCUGCUUCACCCUGUGGGCUACUUAAAGUCUCUUCUGGAUCCAUGAAUCACAGAUUGGGACAAUGACUGCUUAUUUUGAAUGUGAUUGUUAGCAUGGAGCCAGGUGCUAAACACUUACCGCAUGCCUGGCCCAGCACCUCCAUUGGCUACAUAGCAGCUGUUAUCCUGGAGUAGGGGCAAGGAAGGUAUGCAGGAGUCCGUGGGGAUGGGUUCCUGAGCCCUUUGUAACACAGGUGGAGCAGAAAGGGGCACUGGGCUGAGGAAAUGGAAGGGGUUUGCAAGGGAAUGGGAAGAACGAAGAAGUGAUUUGGCCUUGGGGUUGUAACACACAUUAGCAAGAGCCUUCAAUGAAGCAAGCUGCCUGUCAGCCCACCUCUGAAAUGCUCCAGAAGGUUCCAGGGAGCAGGCACCUGCCCCAGUGGAGAGUGCACAGGGAGUAGAUGGCCUGAAUCCUGUAGAGAAGUGGUUUGGCAGUAGAAGAGAUGGAGGAUGUAGCUGCAUUUCAGGCUGGGAUUUUCCUGGGGGGCCGGCUCUGGGGCCUGUCCUGAAGGGAGUAGCAGUGAAACUUUCCGCCUCCAUUUCUAACCAAGCCAGCACUACUACCUGGUUGGGUUGCACACUGCGGCAUAGUGAUGGAGCAUUGUGGGCUGGAUGACGUAGAUGUAUACAGAGCCCUCUUUUUAAUCUUCUUGUGGGGCAGGGAAUUUUGUGUUUAGUCCUUUAAAUUUUGUUUGCUGCCUAUUCAUUCCCAUGUCCUAGAUAUGUAAGGUGGGGCAGUGUGAGAAAGGGGUGAGUGCGUGUGGCACCUCUGCAGAACUAUCAUCCAACAGAAUUACAGCUAGUACUCGGCCGCUGGUAACUGUCUGCUAUGCCACAGUUGUCUUCUGUACAAAAUUUAUUUCCUAGCAUUCUGCCUGUGCCCUCCCCACUCACACAAACAGAGAUGGAGCUGCCUCUGCCACUUCUCACCUAGCCCCUCCCCUCAUGAGGGAAAAGCAAAACUAAACAAUGCAGUCACCCCCUGGACACAAGUAUUAAACUGCUUACAGGUCAUAUGUACAUAUGGUGUACUUUAUUUUCAGUAGAGCAUUAUAGUAUGAAAGUGUUGGAUUUUGUACAGAUGUCCCUGUAUGUACAGAACUAAAUAAAAUGGAUCUCUUGAAAAGACAA